GUCUAGCGAAACUUAAGCCCCUAGACGACCAUGGCCUUGAGACCUGAGGACCCCAGUAGUGGGUUCCGGCACGGCAACGUGGUGGCAUUCAUCAACGAGAAGAUGGCCAGACACCCGAAAGGCCCCGAGUUCUAUCUCGAGAAUAUAUCCUUAUCCUGGGAGGAGGUGGAAGACAAGCUCAGGGCCAUCCUGGAGAACCGCGAGGUGCCCAGCGAGGUCAAAGAGGCCUGCACCUGGGGCAGCCUGGCCUUGGCGGUGCACUUCGCCCAUAGGCAGGCAGAGUUACAAAACCGCAGGGUGCAGCGGCUGCAAAACUUAGUCAAACUGCACAGAUCAGCUGCGCUGGUCUUGGCCUCAAACCUGACGAAACUCAAGGAAAAGCAGGAGAUGGAAUGCAAUGAGGCGACCUUCCAGUUGCAGCUGACCCAGACCCGCCUUAUGGAGGUGCAGAGAGAGCGGGACAUGCUGAGAUGGAAGCUCUUACGUGCUGAGCUGGCAUCUCCCCAGGGACAGGGACAGGCUAUUGUGUUGCCGGGCCUGGCCACUGCUGGAGGGGCUUGGACAGAAGGAGCAGAUGAACAGGAAAAAGAGGUGGCUACUGCUGGUGCUGCUAGAGGAGGAGGAGAGGAGAGGUAUGCAGAGGCGGGGCCUGUCCUGGCAGAGGCCUUGCAGGGACUGGGAGGAGGCUGCAGGCAGCCUCUUGGAGCUGCGGAGCAGACAAAUUACACCGUUGGGGCAGAAGGAGGAAGAUCUCAGGUCAGUACAAACACCCAUGUCUUAUUUCUCUGGGCCUGCGUCCACAGCCUCACUGGAGCCUAUUGCUGUCCAGCUCCCUGCCUCAUUCACAUACUCAUACUCAUACUCAUGUCCUUUGUCUGCUUUCUCAGCCAUACCCACUACACCCCCUCCACCAGCAAUGGUCAUAGUACGGGUUCCAACCCAGAUGCCUUCCAACUGGGGGUUCUCUGAUGCUAGCCUGUGGUCUGAUGUGGAGGCCCAAGGAAUAGACCCUCAAGAGCCCCCAAGAGACAGGAGAGACUCUGAACCCCAUCAGCAGAGAAGACCUCCAGUGCAUCUCAGGCCCGGGGACUGGGACUGCCCGUGGUGUAAAGCUGUGAAUUUUUGACGGAGGGAAAAUUGCUUCCUCUGUGGGAGGCUAAUCUGGCUGCAAAAGCCUCAGUGAAU